GUAAGAUUUUUGGAGGGCAGGGUUAAGUGCAUUGGUACAAAGCAUUGAGCAUUAGGUGCAUUGGUCCAAAGGUCUCCGCUAUAAGAUCUUUGCAUUGGAUUACGCAGGAGUGGAGUAUCUUGCUCCGCUCUUUGACCUUUGGCCAUCAGUGCUCAGCAAAGGCUCAGGGCAGGACAGAGCGCGAGUUGUUCCCGGGAAGUUGCAGCGAUGGUGAGCAGAUUUAACAAAGAAAUGGAGUCAUUACUGCCGCCAAAAGAAGCUGGAAAAUUUAUAGCUGAAAAUAGUAAAGAUGUCUUUAUUGUAGAUGAAGGAGUCAAAAAGGUUGCAGAAAUGCUAUUUGAAAAGAGAAAUACAAAGGAACUUGACCCAACAGGAUGGAAGUUGCUCCAUGAGCUGAAUCCCCAAAUGAUGAACGAGGAGUCAAUUAACUGGGUGUUUGUUACAGACACCCUCAAUUUUUCCUUUUGGUCUGAAAAUGAUGAUAACAAGUGUUUGAUUAAGUACAAAGGCAAACUGCAUAGUGGUUUUUGGUCGCUUUGUGCUGCUGUUAACAGAGCAUUAGAUGAAGGCAUUCCGAUCACCAGUGCAUCAUAUUUCGCCAAUAUAACACUUGAACAACUGAGAAACGUGCUGUCUUCAGAAUCUGAUAAUCCAAUGCCACUGAUUGAAGAACGUCUCAGAGUGCUUAAGGAAGCUGGAAAUGUUUUGCUGGAAAAGUUUGAUGGUUCCUUCCUUAACUGCAUUAAGAAGAGUGAAAAUAAUGCUCAGAAGCUGCUAAUGCUUGUGGUGGAAAACUUUCCUUCAUAUAGAGAUGAAACUGUCUUUCAGGGAAAGAAAGUUGCUUUCUAUAAAAGAGCGCAGAUCCUUGUAGCAGACAUCUGGGGACUCCUGGAAGGAAAGGGGUAUGGUUUAUUUCAUGACAUUGCUAGCCUGUCUAUGUUUGCAGACUACAGAAUCCCUCAGGCACUUGUCUACCUUGGAGCCAUGAAGUAUUCACAAGAACUCAUGGAUAAACUCAAACAAGGUGUGCUCUUCCAGUCAGGAGAUUGUCAGGAAGUGGAAAUUCGAGGUUGCUCCAUUUGGUGCAUUGAGUUAAUAAUGCAUCGCAUCCGAGAACUUGGAGCACAGAAAAAUUGUGUGAAUAAAGAGAUCAAUUCUAUUCUUGUCGAUUACUAUCUGUGGGAUUAUGCAGCGAAUCACCGAAUUAAUAUGGCAAAUAUUCCUAUCCAUCGUGUACGAUGCAUCUACUACUAGUUGUAUUCUAUGUCGUUUCUAUGAGGCAAAGAAAGAGCUUUAUUUGUGUGACUAGUCUGAUUGGAUUGCUCAUUUAUACUAAUUUGCUGAAUUUAACUCUUCACCAAAAUCAUGACUCAAAAUUAUGGCGUUUUACUAAUUAUGGUUUGAAAAUAUAAAAAGGUAAGAAUCCCAACCUCUGGCUCCAUUUGCCCAACAUCCAGCACCAUGCCAGAUUCCACCUAUUACCUGCCGGACUUUGUCUCAUCCCUCCCUCACCUCUUUGUAUUGACUAUCUUCCCUCAACAAUCUCAGUCCUGGUGCAAUCAUAGUCCUGGUGCAAGUGGCUGAUCGACGCGAAACAUCGAACAUCUACUUUCCUCCACCGAUGCUGCCUGACCUGCAACCUUCCUCCAGAAAUUUCUGACCUCUAGAUUCCAGCAUCUGAAGUCUCUUAUGUCUCCAGGUAAUUUAAGUAGAAUGGUAAUUUAAGUAAGAGGCUUCAGUUAUCCAUGGUCUUGUGUUCCUAGUAGCAUCUCCUUGGUCAAUGACAGUACAAAAUGGAGGACCAAGGUGGAACCGAAAAUAAAGCAUGAUUUUUAAUAACACGGUCUUGUACAUGUACUGACGGUCUUGCAAUAGCAGCAUUGACAUCUGGGUGGAAUAUCUGAUGUAGAUACUUCUUCGAUCAUUUCCAAAAUUUGCUAGAAAUGACGUACUUUGAAGAUUGCUCAUGGCAAUUUCUAGAACAAGUUAUGUCAUAAAUGUAUGUGCACUUCUUACCUAUGUACCAGCAUUUCUUUAUACCAGUGAUUAAAAAUGUAUUGGAAAUUU